AUGACUACACGUAAACUGCGCACACGCCUACAGGAGCAUCUGCGUAACAUUAAAAAUCCUGCAAGUGAUUUCCAAAAACACAAAAAUAUCACCUCUGUAGCCCAUCAUUUCCUCAAAUACCAUCAAAAUAAAAAUGGAACAUCUCAUGAUUUCAGCAAUAGUUCAGCUUGUGGUACCUGGGUAGAGGAAAAAUCUGAUGGAUCUCUGGUAUUUAGUGCUUCAUAUGAUGGCUGCUAUGUGAGCAAGGAGGAUGGAGAAUAUCUAAUGACUGUUAUUGAAGAGACCUUACAGAAUGGAAAUGCUCAGCAGAAUAAAAGGGAACUUAGAUGCCCAAUCAUAGCCGUGAUGGAUGCCCCCAGUCCAGAUGUAUGCUCUGCCAUCCAGCUAGGAGACAGGGUGUCCUGUGCCACUGCCCCUGUAUCCAGAGAGCUCUGUGAAGGUCUUGGUUGCUGCUUCACUCCCCUUGAUGCUACUAUGCCUUGUUACUUUGGGAGCAAAGUGACUGCACAGUGCACAGCUGAGAACCAGCUUGUGGUUGCAAUAUCUAAGGAUGUAACAGUUCCUUCAUUAAUCUUGAAUUCUGUUAAUGUGCUUUCCGUGGACCCAGCUACUUGCAGUGGGAUGAGAAUUUCAAGGAACAACCUCUUCGUUGUCUUCCAAUUUCCUUUAUCUUGUGGAAGUUCUCAUAUGGUAGACGAUCGUAAUAUGAUUUAUGAAAACACGUUUGAAGCAACAAGAGAUGUAAGAAACUGGCAAGGUGCAUCCAUCACUAGAGACAGUACAAUGAAGUUGACUGUUCGUUGUAGCUAUUCCAGAACCAGUGUUAUCCCACUACAAGUUGAGGUUGUUACUCUGCCGCCACCACCUCCUGUCUCCACCACUGGACCUUUGUCCCUGGAGAUGAGAAUAGCUCAAGAUGAGUCCUUUUCCAGAUAUUAUGUUGAUGGAGACUAUCCUGUGGUGAAGGUUCUGAGAGAGCCAGUCUACCUGGAGGUCAGGAUUCUGAGGAAAGCAGACCCUAACCUGGUGCUGCUACUAAACGAAUGCUGGGCUACCCCAUCUACUAAUGCCAAUGAGCAGCCACAGUGGCCUGUCUUGGAGAGAAGUUGUCCAUUUACUGGAGAUAAUUACCGUACACAGCUGAUACCAGUUGGUGCUGAAUCACAAACUAUACCUUACCCAACACAUUACCAACGCUUUUCCAUCAGCACUUUUACGUUUGUGGAUGAAAUAACCCAGCUUCCUCUUGGGGGAUUGGUCUACUUCCACUGCAGUGCCUCUGUGUGUGUUCCAUCCACAUCUGAUUCCUGCAGAAGAACUUGUUCACUGAGAAAAAAGAGAGCCCCUGAAAAGUUGUCUAUGGAUAAAACUUUGACCACCAUAGUGACAUCUGAAGGACCUGUGGAUUUCAUCUCUGCAACCAUGGCAAAAGCAAUAACAAAAGGAGCCUUGGAUUCUGGUUAUACUGCCUUAGUCUGGGCCAGAGGAUCAGCUGUUGCAGGAGUAAUUAUAGCCGUUAUAAUUGCUGUCAAAAUCUGGAAGUGUCGUGGAAAGCACAGUAUUAAGAUUUUUACUUUAAAAGCAUGA